AUGACUGGUUUUCUUAACGGUAUAAUACAAUUACCGAUAAUCAAUAUUACUGAUAGUGGAGUAGAUUUUGUAUGUCCUGGUACUGGUCCUACUAGCAGUUUAAGAGAAUACACCAGCUUUUUUUCUCAAGUAGGGACGUUCAUCCCUAUCGCAGGUCUUCUUUUUACUAUAGCUGUUUAUGGUGCAAAAUCUGUAUUUGGAAUUAUGACUACCUGCUUGAUUGAUGACAUUGUUAUUGCUACAACUUCUUUUGCACCAAUUUUUUGGUGGUACACUUUUGCCAAACCAUUAUGGUUUUAUGGAGUGACAAAUCAGAUUCAAGAUACAAAUCAAAAUUAUGGUCUUAUCUAUUCAAUAAUUCUUUGUAUUUUGUUCGGAACUAUGAUAAUUGUUCAGACUAUUGCGGCAAUUAUCAGAUUUCAUUUUCACCAACGUCGGAAUAAACUCGAUGAAGUUUCAUUAUGGUUUCGAAUGGCACCAAAUGGGGUAAUUGAAUGUACUUAUAAACAUGGUGAAGACGAGAAGGUUUUUGCAGAAAUCAAAGUUAGAAAUAUUAAUGAGGUUGUACAUUUUUAUAAAAUGGAUGAAACACAGGACAAAUGGAUAAGAUGUCGAUUUGGUUCUGCGGGUGGAUACUUUUAUAUUUGUGAAGAAAAAGAAGAUGAAGGGAAAAGCGAAAAAAACGAAGAAAAAAUAAUAAGUGAAAAAGAAAAAAGUGAAAAAGAAAAAGAAAAAAAUUAUAAAUAUUUCUACGUUACGAUUGAUGAUAAAUGGGUACAUUUUUAUGAGCUUGAGUAUAAAUAUGAUAAGGAAGAACAUAUAAAGGAUCUAUUAAAAGGGGUCUUUGAAAGUGAACCAAUCCUAAAAGAAAUCAUGGAAAUUACCGAAACGGAGGAAAAUUGUAUUCUAAAACAUCGUAAUUGUGAAAGAAUCAAAGAAGUUAUGAAAAAAAAUCUCAAAGAUGAAAAGAGAAAAACUUUGGAAGCGGAAGGGGAAAAUGUUACUAAUACUAAUAUUAUAGAUGUGGAGAAAGCUACGGAAACGAAAAUGAAAACGAUAAAAGUGAAAAAGAUGAAAGCGGAAGAUAAGGUGCUGAUCAAUAUACUUGAAACCGGAGCUCUUAAUUAUUUUAUUUACUCUCAUCGUAAGGAUUAUAAAGGGAACAAAGAGAACGACAAGCCAAAAGUGCCAAAAGUGAAAUAUGUAUUUGACAUUAAUAAAGUUCAUAAAAAAUGCUGA